GGUCUCAGUCUCUCCUGGAUGUCCGUUGGAGGCUGAGGUCUGAGGCUGCUCUGGACACUCUUGGCUCUGGAGACGCAGAGCUGUAGGGAAGGCGUGUAUGAAAGUUUACCUGUCACUGUAAAAACCGCAGAUACAUAGUCUCCCAAUGGCACCUCAUCACAUCCGCAAAUACCAGAAGACUGACCGCAAGAGGGUCCUGGACUUGUUCUCCCAAGGAAUGGUCGAGCAUAUCCCCGCCACAUUCUGCCUUGGGUUGAAGAUGCCACAAACAUACCUGGUCUUACUUGGGGUGCCCGUCGCCCUACUCCUGGUCUCUGGCUCUUGGCUCCUGGCUCUUGGAUCCAAUGUCAUCCUCCUUGUUUUCCUCUGGAUGUUGGCCAGACAUCCUUGGAGGCAGUACGUGGUCAUGUGUUUGCAGACAGACCUUGCUGACAUCAACAAAUCCUACCUGAGGGACCGUGGUUCCUGCUUUUGGGUGGCUGAGUCUGGGGGGCACGUGGCAGGCAUAGUGGGUGCUUUGCCAGUGGAGGAUGCCCCCCCAGGGAGGAAGCAACUGCAGCUGUUUCACCUCUCUGUGGCCUUGGAGCACCGAGGUGAAGGACUAGGGAAAGCCCUGGUCAUGACUGUCCUCCAGUUUGCGAGGGCUCAGGGCUACAGUGAGGUUGUCCUUGAAACUAGCAUGGUACAGCAGGAUGCUCUGACCCUCUACCUGCGCAUGGGCUUCCAGAAGACAGGAGAGUACUUCUUUAGCAAGGUCUUUAGACUCUUGGGCAAUUCUACAAUUCAAUUAAAAUACUGCCUCCCAUCUGCUCAGGAAGGAGGCCCGUGACCUAUUGUCUCGUGUAUCAAUCAGGAUC